CCUUUCGCGAACUCAAGGCCAUCUCACUCUCUUUCGAUUGAGGGAUCUCUCUCUCUUGAAGAAGCGCUCGCCGCCUUUUGUCUCUCUCGCUAUCGCUCAUUGUUUAGCUGUAUCGAUCUCUCACAAACCCUUAUUUCGCAUGGGAGAUCGACGAUUAUCCCUCAGGUAUCCUAAUUUCUAGGGUUUCUCUUUGUUUCUAGGGUUUUGAUUCUGAACCCUAUUUUUCUGAUCUUCUAUAAUCCGAGGGAAUUUGGAGCUGAAUAACGCGAAAAUCGAAGGUCUGCAAGUAAUUCCUUCACUGCUUUCUUGUAUCAUUUGAAUCUCGUUUUGUUUUUGGAUUUAGUUUGUUUGGAUUUAGGGUUUGGCCUUGUAAUUUCUUGUUUUUUUUUUUUAUUCUAGUAAAAAAAAUUUGGGGGAAUUUUUGUGCGAUUGAUUUGGCGAUUUUGGGUCAGGGUUUUACAGUGGUUGAAUUGGGAUUGGUAUCUUAUUUUUUGUGGAGUUAUAUUUCUUUUUAUAUAUAGAUAUAAUUAAAUAUGGCGGCUGGGAGGCAUGGGGGUUAUCGCGAAAACGAGUUCAGAGACCACGAGUCCAACUUUGAAUUGUCAAGGAGGGAUUUUUCUAAUGCCAAGGAAGAGUAUGAUCGAAUUAGGAACACUAAUGGUGUACGGGACAUUGAAAGGGGCCGAGUUCAGGAUGUAAGAGAUAGGGGUAGGAUUAGACAGAAGGAUAUUAAGGAGAGGGAAGUGAUGAAUGGUGGGUAUAGAUCAGCUUCAAGUAAGAGUGAUUCGGGCAGCAGCGGAGGUGGUGGUAGUGGUGUUGUUCGCGGGCCCAAGCGAUGUGGGUUUGUGGCCAGGGCCGUUGAUAGGGAACCGGGUGAGUUGUCAAGUGAGUCUGACGAUGCUAUUGAAUCUGAAUCGCAGGUAAAGGAUCCCAAUGUUUCGAAGGCGAUGGAUAAUGGGGUUCAAUCACCACCUCCCGAGAGGAAGAGGAAGUUUUCGCCUAUAAUCUGGGAUAGAGAUGACAAGGAAGUCAAUAAUUCUAGAAGUAGGCUGUCAACAACAGUGACAGCUCUUCCUCCUCCCCCGGCAUUGCCUAAGGGAUACCGUCGGUCACCUAAUGUUGUUCCAGAUGCUAGUGUGCAACUAUCUCCGGUUAACAAUAGUAAAGAUGAGAAUUUGCUGCGAUCUGCAUUGCCAUUUAAGCCUCCUUUGGGACCUGGGUCAGGGGGGCAUGUUGUGGCGGAGUCUCCAGUAGAGUUGUCUCCUGGAUCACCAAAGCAGCGGUGGGUUAAUAAUGAUCAGGAAGCAGAGCAGCUGGAAGAUGAUGAUUAUGUUCCUACCCGGAAUAUAUCAUCUUCAAGAUGGGCAGCUGGGAAUAACUCUCCCAUUGACGAAGGUGAAAUUGUAGAUGAUGAGGAAGUUCAUAAAAGGAGAAGGAAAUUGCCUCCAGCGGAGUCAUUGGGGGCCAGGGUGCUCAACAAGUCUUUGAGUCCAGAGCUGGGGGAGCUCAAGAGAGAAGGCUCUGAAAGAUCUAGAGCUAAAUCAUCUGAAUCUGAUGAACUAGUCACCCGUGGUAGGUCUUUGAGUCAGGAUGAUAACGCCGGUGGUGAUUCAGAAAAGGAUGACUACAUGGAGACUGAUGAUGAACGUGAUAAAAAUUGUAGUAGUGGUAGCCGGUCAGAUACUGAUUCAGGGGAUGAAGAUGAUUCUCGCCAGACACCAGAACCAGAACCUGCAGCGCCUCCACAAAGAAGCUUAAACAUGCUUCAGGGUUGUAGAAGUGUUGAUGAGUUUGAGAGACUUAACAGAAUAGAUGAAGGCACUUAUGGUGUUGUAUAUAGAGCCAAAGACAAGAAGACUGAGGACAUUGUGGCUUUGAAGAAGGUAAAAAUGGAGAAGGAAAAAGAAGGUUUUCCAUUGACUUCUCUGAGGGAAAUAAACAUUCUUCUUUCUCUUCAUCACCCAUCAAUUGUAGAUGUUAAAGAAGUGGUAGUGGGGAGUAGCCUAGAUAGUAUCUUUAUGGUGAUGGAGUACAUGGAACAUGAUCUGAAAGGACUCAUGGAGACAAUGAAGCAGCCAUUUAGUCAGAGUGAAGUGAAAUGCCUAAUGCUCCAGCUUUUGGAGGGUGUUAAGUAUCUUCAUGGUAACUGGGUGCUUCAUCGGGAUUUGAAGACAUCGAAUCUGCUUAUGAAUAAUCGGGGGGAGUUGAAGAUUUGUGACUUUGGGUUGGCUCGUCAAUAUGGGAGUCCAUUGAAACCAUAUACUCAUUUGGUGGUAACCCUUUGGUACAGGGCGCCUGAACUCCUAUUGGGAGCAAAACAAUAUUCCACAGCAAUUGACAUGUGGUCGCUGGGUUGCAUCAUGGCUGAAUUACUAUCAAAGGAACCACUAUUCAAUGGGAAAACUGAAUUUGACCAACUUGACAAGAUUUUUAGGAUUCUUGGCACACCAAAUGAGGCGAUUUGGCCUGGGUUCUCCAAGUUGCCUGGGGUCAAGAUCAACUUUGUCAAGCAUCAGUAUAACCUAUUGCGUAAGAAAUUCCCAGCUACAUCAUUCACUGGAUCUCCUGUUCUCUCUGAUUCUGGAUUUGACUUGUUGAACAAACUUCUAACUUAUGACCCUGAGAAACGAAUUACAGCUGAAGCUGCUCUUAAUCAUGAAUGGUUCCGUGAGGUUCCUCUUCCCAAGUCAAAAGAGUUUAUGCCUACUUUUCCUGCGCAACAUGCUCAAGACAGGCGUAUGCGGAGAAUAAUGAAGAGUCCUGAUCCUUUGGAAGAGCAGCGUAGAAAGGAGUUGCAAGGGAAUUUGGGCACUGGUGGUGUGCUUGGCUAAGGGUAACAAAUCUGCAUAGUGGCCUGAUCUCCAUGAUUUUGGUUUGCACAAAACUGACUAGUGACAUGGUUGAGGUGAGAGACGUGCAUUGAAACGAAGUUACAAAUACUGUUUGUCGGAAGAUCAUUCGUGCUGUUUUUUAGCAGGCACUAUUUGUCAGUGAUUUGGGCGGAGACUUGUAUUAUUUGCCUCUUGCUGUCAACCGGAUUUAUUGCAGGUUAACUAUGUUCUCCAGCUUUGCCUCAUCGUUGCUUGCACUGCAAGGUGUGGCAUAAUUGGCUUUCCUCUAGAAAAAAAAAGAAAAAAAAGUUUCAGUUGAAACUUGUGUAUGUAACAUAUCUAUCCUCUUUGGUACAUUGUAAACAGUUCUUUUUAAAUUUGGUUUUGAAGAUUAGAGCAGUAUGGAUUUUCUGCCAACUAUCAGUUCUACCUUUUUUUUUUAAUUGUCACAUUGUGUUUGCAAGAGACGGUUGGUUGGUGUGAAGUGGAGGGGAUGCUCUUUGCUUUCCAUUGACGAAGAAACUGAGAGUAACCAUAAUACUUAUGAAGUCUCAAAGCAAGCAGGUUGAGGAGGUUACCUGUUACUCUGGAAUUUAUAGAACUUCAAUUAGGUGUCCCUUCUGGCUUCCUGAAGAGGUGUCCUUUCUGUAUAAUUGAUAGGCACGGCUGGAAGCAGUGGGCUUCCUGGAGAUGGGGAAAAUAAUGGAAGUGUCCACUUUCCAUUCACUAUACAAAUAAAGGAGAUUCAGUUGGUAUAAGCCGAGAAAAAUGUAUGUUACAUUUAUUGUAAUGGUUGUUCACAAUGAGGUCAAACAGGAUCUUGGCUGGGAAGCUUUGCCCCUGUCUGCGGCUCAUUUUGCUCAUACAUUUGGUGGAGGCCUGGUAGCAGUUGCUCCAUUUGAUCCUAUCAGCCUGUCUGGUCGGUGAUGUUAAAGCAUUAGUGUUAACGAGCAUGUUACUUAUUUGGUAGACUGUUUGAAUUUAGACAUCUAGAAUCUAUCCCGGUGAGUGUAAAGUUUAUCGUGGUGACCGUUGUAAGUAUUUCAGGCAACCAACCGGAGAAAAAAAAAGUGCUACUCUUACAA